UUCUAGCUAGCGUUUCGCGAACUUUUAAAACGUUAGCGCUUUUGUUGGCAUUUGUGUUUAAUUAAAAAUAAAAAAAAAAACAAUUUGUUUUCAUCGCAUAAUUUUGCAAAAUAAAAUUAUGAAGUGCUGCUGCAAUCGUUACACCUUUGGUAUCACCAUUGGAUCCCUUUAUAUUGUGGGCAGCAUAAUCGUUAUGAUUCUUUUUUCUAUUAUAACAUAUGUAAGUCUUGAUGAGCUUGAUGAGAAUCCAGAACGUAGAGAACGAUUAAAAUACGAAGCUAUCGAAACAAUGAUAAUAUGUUUAAUAACAAUCUUAAUAUCCGCCUUAUACAUUGUCGCCAUUGUCAAGAAAUAUCACUAUUUGAUACUACCUUUUCUGAUAUUUGGCAUAUAUGUUUUCUAUGUCACUUGCUAUACAUUGUACUGGUGGUUUAUUGGCGCUGGAAUGGGUGGUGCUUCCGGCAUAACAUUUUUAAUACUGUUUCUAAUUGCUGUGCUGGCAAUUGGCAUUGAGAUUGCAAUUUUCUGCUUCAGUAUUUCUUUGUUCAAGCAAAUACUUGCUGAAAAUAAGUUUGAAAAAGUUCGUACCGAUCAUCAGUUGGCAGAUAAAUCUUUAAUUUGAAUAUUUUAUAACUUAUGUAUCGUACAUAUUUAUACUCAUUUUAUUUUGCAAAAUUUAUACUCAUUUAAAUAUUUUUUUUAUACUCGUGCCUAAAAUAAAUUAUAAAUUAUACAAAUA